AUGUUGCAUGCAGAGAUGUUUGAUAUCCUCAAGAAAGAAGAACAAUUGUGGUUUCAAUGCUCUCGGGCCAAAUGGUUGGUAAAAAGAGAUAGGAACACCAAAUAUCAUCAUUUUAAAGUUGUUCAACGACGAAGACAAAAUCAUAUUCUCAUGAUCAAAGGUGAGGCAAGGAAAUUGGAUUGGGAAAAAACUCCUUACUCGUUCCAUUCCAUAGAGCUAGAAACAAAGGAAGAGCUUAGUAAGCAUCUAACUCGCAGAGAGAUCAAACAAGUGUUGUUCUACAUGAGUCCAUGGAAAGCACCUGGGCCUGAUGUUUUCAUGCAGGUUUCUAUUAAAGAUCUUGGAAUACUGUUGGCACAAGUGUUUGUGACUUUAUCAUGA